AUGGCCAACGUGAAAUGGUCCUGCACGGAUGGCAUGGGCCUGCACGGCAUGGCCAACAUGACAUGGUCCUGCAUGGAUGACAUGGGCCUGCACGGCAUGGCCAACAUGACAUGGUCCUGCAUGGAUGGCAUGGGCCUGCACGGAUGCCUCACGGGCACCCACUUCUUCGGCCUCGCCGAGGAGGUGCUGCCCGACAUGAAGCGGCGCCGCGGCGGCCACAUCGUGGUCAGCAGCAGCAGCAUGGGGCUGCAGGGCGUCGUCUUCACCGACCUCUACGCCGCCUCCAAGUUCGCCGUGGAGGGUUUCUGCGAGAGCCUGGUGGUGCGAGCCCUGCGCCCCAGCACGGCGAUCAGCCCGGCGGGGCCGGGGCCGGUGACGACGGCGUUCGAGGCGAAGGUCCGCGCGGAGGCCGAGCGCGCCGGCCCCUCGCAGGCCGACGCCGAGACGGCCGACAGCUUCACCCGGCUCUACCCGGCGCGCGCCCGCGCCGCCGUCGCCAGCCUGGGCCAGAGCGCCGCGGAGGUGGCCGCGCACACGCUGCGGGUGAUCGAGGCGCCCCGGCCGCCCUUCCGGCACCGGACCGGCGCGGUGCGCGCCGGCCGCCUGCUCCGCUGGGAAGCCCGCACGGCGCAGCAGGGCGCCCGGCUCCUCGGCCUCCGGUAG